UGACUAUAGUUACGAAAGACGACGAUUUACUUCUGAACUUUGUCGCUGCCAGUCUGUUUUUCCGCCUGUCGUCCAUGUCGCACUUGAUUUGCAUGACUUGCGCGCCUGUCGCUAUAAAGGACCGAUGGCGUCCGUGAUUUAAUCAGAACGAACUCCUCGAUGCUCCCUGCGAUGAUGUUCGUAUUUUUCUGCUGUUGUCUGUCCUUCUGGAUCGGAGGCGCCGCCUCUGCGCUGAUUCAGCCCGCCAGUUUGAAUGUCCCCGUCGGACAAACGGCCACCAUUAAUUGCUGGAUUGGGAAAGGCGAGAGUCAGUACAUGAGAUGGUUUAAACAAAUCCCUGGAGAGACACCUCAGCUUGUCCUGGAGUACAAACGGUUCAGCAGUGAGGCAAAUUUUUACGGGAGCGGCUUCUCGUCCAGCCGCUUCACCAGCAAGAGCACAGACGAAGAGAACAACCAGCUGGUCAUCAAGGCUACCGAAGUGGGCGACGCGGCGAUGUAUUACUGCGAGAAGUGGAUGGCGGCAGAGAAUCAGCAUGUAGCACAGAGGCGCAGAUCGGGACAAGAAUGUGAUCACCGCUCUGCGACAGGAGAGGGGCAUUUCACCCACUCGCAGACUUUUACUGAAAACCUCUGCCAGAUCAGCGCCAAGCCAAUGUCUGCACAGCCAGCGCGCUUUCCUCUGCCCCCCCUUGAGAAGGCGCGGCGCCUGAGUUCGUCUCUGGAGCGGAAUCACUCUCGGUGGGUGUCUUUUGGGCAGAACACACAACUCCGCACCUGUGGGCCUGGGUGCUGCCACCUCUCCUGCCCAUUUCUUUUAGGGGUCUUCCAAACCAGGCGGGUUUUUGUACAAGCAGUGCGCCCCACUCAAUCAUGGUGGGUAUUCGGAGGAGGCACCAAGCUAAUCAUCGAAGAUACUUCACGUCCUUCACCGUCUAUCAAGGUGUUUGGCCCCAUGGAUGAGGAGAUCUCCACGAAUGGCUUGAUCACUCUGGUGUGUCUCACCACAAACCUCUCUGUGCCCUUUGCUGAAGUGAGCUGGACAGCCAGUGGAGUGAAGGUGACAUCUGGGGUGACAACAAGCCUGGCUGCCAAGCACAAUGACGGCACCUUCUCCAUCAGCAGCUACCUGAGCCUGCUGGCCAUAAAGCGGACCAGCACUGGGGUGAAGUUCUCGUGUGAAGUGAGGCCAGAAGGGAGCGGCUCCAGGGCUGUGGCGCAUUUGGACGACACCCGCUGUUAGACUCCACGCCUGACGCUAACGUGGGCUCAGAGGCUGAGCCUGAGGUGGCAUCUUUCACUUGUCUUCUCCUUUAAUGAAUUUGAAGUUGGUUAGGAAAUAAACAUCAUUGAUGUCCGACACGACUGUAAACGUCAUGAUGAAUAAAUCAUUCUAAACCUUCA